ACGAUGUCGUGUUCAAGGCAUACUCUUGCGGUAAAUGCGGCCGUCCUCAGCAACGAUUUUGUGCGUUUUGGAGAGAAUAUUGACUGGAUUGCUUCGAUUAUGCGUCCCACUCGUGCCUACCGGUACAUCUACCUGGAGAACUGGGGCAGCGAUGAAUCCCCGUUCGUCAGGGAGGAGGUCCCGCGUGACGACGAAGGCGUUCGGAUUACUGUGAAGGUUCCAAAAGCCACCUGGGCUUUUCGUCCCGAUCCAACUAUCUGCCAGGAUCCUUUUCAACAUUUGCGGACUCGUCCCUUUGUCCGCGUAGAGUACGAACGGACGUUGUCAGACAUACUUGAGGCCAUAAUGACGGGUAACAAAAAUAUAACCGUAGGCGAUGAGGAUGAGCCGAAAGAAGAGGAUCUUGGCAGACAAGAGCACGCCGACAAGCCAGCUACCAGCCCUAAACGCUUUCGUGAGGAAGAGUCAAAUGUGGACGACAGAGAAAGUAAGAAACGGCACGUGCAGGACAUUGGAACAUCUUCCGACGCUGGUGAUCAAACCGUGACUAUUGACCGCCCAGGUGACGAAGUCCCAGCGGAGUAUCCCAAUCCGUUUCUGGGAUACAAAGCUUCAGCGCCGAAAGUCAAAGGUUUUAUUAUCACAGGUCAUCCUGGAAUCGGAAAGACCAUCUCCCUUUACUACGUCUUCCUUCUGCGGCUACAGGCGUCUCAGCCAACAAUCCUGAUCACCCAUCCCGACAAGGUCACGAUAUUUCUCCAACAGGGCAUCUUCUCCAUAUCGAUGGUGGAUUUCGAGGAAGUAGUCAAUCUCAUUCCUAUCUCUACAUGGUGUCUUGUGGACUGUAACGAGAGCCUGGAAAGGGUUCCAGAAGCAAUCGUCAAGACACCGUUUUUCAUCUUGCAGACAGCAUCACCGAGUAAACAUCUUCAAUUGCAGAACAAAGCUUUAGGUAUCCUCCAGUAUGUCAUGAAACCGUUCUCUCUAUCAGAACUCAUAAUCGGGCGGAACCGAAGUCUCGACGUUAGCGAAACCCCUUCAGAAGAGUCACUACGAGAAUAUUAUCGACAGUAUACACCUUCAGCUCGCUUUGCCUAUCAGUACGCGGGCAAUAUCGACAAAUACAGAACAUUUGUGCAAAGUCUCGUCAGUCAUUGGACCAUUGAUCACCUGAAAACGUUGGUUGGGGCUUUCCCUACCAACGUCGACUUUGUUAGUGAACAAACCUUAUACCAUAUUCUUACCGUCACAGUCGAAGCUGGAGGCCAGCGAAGCAUUCCUCAAGUCGACAUCGCUAGUUGUUACAUCAGUCAACUCAUAACCGAGCAGCUUCAACCUUCGCCUACUGUUGGAGCUACCGCCCUGGGAUGCUGCCUGUUUGGCGUCAAGUUGCACGAGCUGCUGGCUAUGGCUGGUCAGUAGAAAAUCUUGGCGUGGACUUGAGCUGCAGUUCAGGCCCUCGAGGUCUAGAUUGCAGAAGCUUUUCUUUUUUCAAUUCAUACAGUGCUAGUGAGAACGCAUUGUUACAGGAGAGAUGUAUAUAAUUGGUAAAUAUACAUGGAAUAAAUGUGGUCGCAUAAAUCACAAA